AUGUUUUUGUCACUGAUUAGCCGAUGUUCUAAGACAAUCCAAACCGUUCACAAACCAAUUGUUUACACCCAUCGAAGUGGGAGAAGGAUCAAAGAAAAGGCUGCAAUCAUGGAAGAAAAGAAGAAGCAGCAUGGGGGAAAAAGUGGAUCUUCCAAAUUCGUUCUGAAGAACGCCAAAGGAACUCGUGAUUAUGGUCCAAAAUCUAUGGCUGUUAGAGAAUCCGUCUUGAACAUUGUGAAGGAUUCAUUCAAACGCCAUGGUGCCGAAACCAUUGAUACUCCAGUCUUCGAGCUUCGUGAUGUUCUUCUAGGGAAAUAUGGAGAGGAAGGGGGAAAGCUAGUCUACGAUCUACAGGAUCAGGGUGGGGAGCUUCUUUGCCUCCGAUAUGACUUGACUGUUCCAUUCGCUCGGUAUGUUGCCAUGAAUAAGAUCACUAAUAUUAAGAGAUAUCAAAUCGCUAAAGUGUAUCGUAGGGACCAGCCUGUGAUGACUCGUGGUCGUUAUCGCGAGUUCUAUCAAUGUGAUUUUGACAUCGCAGGACAAUAUGACGCUAUGCUCCCUGAAGCUGAAUGUCUUAAGAUCUUAGAUGAAGUCUUGAGUAAGCUGGAAGUUGGACAGUUUGUGGUCAAGCUCAACCAUCGAGCCGUUCUCGAUGGAAUGUUUGCAGUUUGUGGAGCUGACGCAUCCCAAUUCAAAACCGUUUGCUCCUCGAUUGAUAAACUGGAUAAGCAACCCUGGAAUGAGGUCGAAGAUGAACUUAUCAAAGAAAAAGGUCUUAGCAAAGAAUGCACUGAGAAACUUGGACAAUACGUUUGCUUCAGAGAACUUCACCCCGACCUGGGCAACGUUGAGCUUCUCGACAAAAUGCUUGAGAUUGAGGAGCUUAAGAAUAAUGAACGAUUCGCAACUGGAGUUGCUGAGUUGAAACUUCUUUUGGAGUACUGCUUGUUAUUUGGAAUCGAAUCAGUCAAGUUCGAUCCUUCUUUAGCUAGAGGAUUAGAUUAUUACACUGGUGCUAUCUAUGAAGCUGUGAUUCCUAAUGCCCUAGAAGGAUUGAAAGUUGAAACCGAAGACGGCCAGAACUUACCAGUUGGCGUUGGAUCUGUUGCAGCUGGUGGACGUUAUGACGGUCUUGUAGCUAUGUUUUCCGCGAAGUCUAAAGUUCCUUGUUGCGGUGUUUCUUUAGGUAUUGAGAGAUUAUUCGCUAUCAUGGAGGCCAAGAUGAAGAUGGAAGAGAGACCUGUUAGAACUACGGAAACAGAAGUCUUUGUUGCUUCUGCUCAAAAAAAUUUGUUGAAGGAACGUAUGAAGUUGUGUAAAACUUUAUGGGAAAAUGGAUUUAAGGCUGAGAUGAUCUACAAAGCAAAUCCCAAAUUACUUACACAAAUACAAUAUGCAGAAGACAAACUUAUUCCUCUAAUGUUGGUCAUAGGGGAACAAGAAAUUCAGAAUGGAGUGGUAAAGGUUCGAAAUACUCAAACUCGUGAAGAAAAGGAAGUUCCAUUGAAUAGUCUGACCAGUGCUCUACGGGAAGAGCUUAAGAUUGCGUCUCAGUAG